AACAAAAUGGCGGCAGGUUAUUUAGCGUUUCGUUUCGAAUUGGAAGUAUGAUUUUCAUUUCCCUGUUUCAUGGCAGAUUUCGAUUGUUGUAUGAUCAGUAAGAUGGAUAAAGGCAGGAAAAGAUCCCGCCAUCACUUUGAAAGAGAAAAAUCUCCCAAGAAGGAGAGAAAAAACAGGAGUUUAGUAUGGGAAGAUCAUCGCUCCACUUUAGAUGAACUUUUCUUCAGGAACAGUGAUUUGAUCAAAAGGUUUGUCAGUCCAAAACAGGCGUGCGUUCAACCAGUAGAAUUAUGCUGGUACAGUGUAUAUGUAGAUUAGAUAGAACCUUUAAUCAAGUAAAUAUCGUUACUUUAAACAGAGGAAGUCAAGAGUACAAGGAUUUCUGGCUUUUUCUUGAACGUUACGAAUCUUUCCAUCAAAGACACGCCGAAAAGCAUCCAAGAUCAGGUAAAUCUACACGACAACGUUCCUUCUUUAUCACGUUUACAGUGAAUGGUAGAUGUACGAUAGUUCUAUUUAGCCACUUUGAUUUAAGUCAGUCACAUUAGUUGUAUACUGUCUUUGAAGUUAUCGUUUUUCUCUCUGACAGAACGAACCAAAGACAGGGUAUCUCCUAAGCUUGGUCUUCCCUUGUUAUAUGACAGACGGUACAAAAUAAAUGUUGCUCUGUUGUCAAAGGAUGUUACUGAUGUGACACAGUACAGCACUUCAGGGAAAAAGAGAGGUACCGGUACUUAAGUUUUGCAAUCAAUCCAUUACUGCAAGACAACAAUCAGCUACUCACCACAGGAAACUGAUGUACCCCUUGGGACCCUGGGGAUUUGCUCAAGUGCUUAUUAACCAAACCUUGUCAAAUACCAUGUGGAUGUGGAACAAAGCUAUUCUGAUAAUGUCCUGACUGCUAGGAACAAAAAAGGGACCUAUAACAAAAUACCUCCCAUGUAGAUCAUUGUGAUCAUUAUACCUAAAGUUUCUGCAGUUCAGUGUAACAUUUUGGAUAUAACUUUUUUUUCCUGCAGUCAUCUUAACGUUACACAUAGGCCAGGGAAGACAGCUGACCUCUUGUUACAAAUCCCAGAGUCAGCCUUUCCCUCAGUUUUCUCAGGCACAAAACAUUUAAAUAACAAAUCUCAGCAAAUGCCCCUAGGCCCCCUUAGGUACUGCAGGCCUCAACCACUUCAGGAAGCUUCUGAUUAUACAUACAUGUAUUAAGUUUUAUAGUUUUGAUUAAGUUAUUAUUAUUAUAUAUUUUUUGUACCACUCAAUACUGAUAUGUUUGUAAAGUUUAUUUAGGAGAUUGUUUUCCAUGUACCAGGUAGUAAGGUAUGAAACAUUGAAUAAUUUUACAUAGCUGAAGGCUUCAGUAUUUAUAUUUUCUGUUUUAUAGUUUACUCAAAGGAUGAAAGAACUUCAGGAGAACUGACAAGAGAAGAGUUUUCUGAGUUUAAAUCCAUCUUGUUGUUUUAUGUUGAUUUCUGCCAGAAACAAAAGGUAAUGGUCAUUGGUUAAAAUAAUUAUUAUCACGGCAAGAGCUGUCAUUAAAAUUAUUUGCACAGUCAUUACUCUUCUUAAUGUAAAGUAACAAGAGGGCACUUACCAUGUUUGUUGGUGAUGCUGUGCACAGAACUAAAGCAAUCUGUGUCAUGUACUGAUUAAUGUUAAUUUACAACUGCUUUGUCUUUACAUGUAGAGCAUCUGCGAUUAAUAGCACACAGUCAUUGGCUAUCGUUAUGAGUGAUCUGCAGCCUGCUAGCAGAAACUUUCUUUUACUUGCUCAAUUUUGGCAUACUUUACAAAAGACUUUGCAUGAAUUGAGUAAGAUCUUUGUUGAGAAUGUGUGAUAUGUUGCUAGGAUAUACUUUCAAACCCAAGCCUACACGAUUGUAAUAGCCAUGCACUGCAGUGGUCACAGUAAGGACCAUCAGUUUAUCAAUAACAGAUGUUCACAAUUGAAAAACAAAGGUUGCUGUAGAGGGGAGAAAACAAGAUUUUUGAGUCUAGAAGUUCAGGUUGUGGUGACCUCAAAGGCUGUAUGGGAUUUAUGCAAAGAUUUCCUUUUCUCCUCCUCACUCAAAGAAAGAAAAUGAGGCUGAGUGAUCUGCUGUUUACUCAUCGUCAUUUUUCACCAAUUUUUGAAAACGAUUGUGUUGGAAUAAACUACUGUAUGCACUUAUUUAAUUUUCUCAAUAACUGCAGUUUUCCAAACUGGUCAAGUUAAAAAAGGAUCAGGCAAAUCUUCCCAUCAGCCAUUUCAAGGAUCAAAUUGUGGACGCGAUAGGAGGCCAUCAAGUCAUUAUCAUUGCUGGUGAUACAGGCUGUGGAAAAUCAACUCAGGUACAGGGUUAAAAAAAAUUACUUACAGAAAUCAUAGUCCAACAGCUUCAUGUCAUGUGUGGGCAAUCCUCCAUGUCUCCAAAAUAGACCUUAUUCAUGAUUAACCCGCCAUUUUUGCAUGCCCCUUAAAGCAUUGAUGGGGUAAAUGCAAUGUCAAAGGAUUUUCCAGGGGCAAACAAGUUAUGAAAUUUGGCAACAGCAGUAAUGGCAGUGGAGUCUGUUUAUUCUCUCUCAGUUAGACUUUCUCGAAGUCCUUCGUUCUGGUAGUUGGCCGCAGCACACCCGCUCUCUCACUCGCUUUUAUGGCAGAAAACGUAAGAAAACUACCGCUAACACGUAGUGCUUAUGAAAAAAAAAAUGAACUCAACUUGUGGGCAAGUCUGUGUCUCGAUGUACAACAUUUACAGUUCGAGUUUCAACAAGUUUUUGAUCGUACAAUUCCUUGCUGUAAAGAAAUCUACGGUCAACAACUGCAUUCUGAGUUCUUCAUUUUCUAUUGUCUAGAUGAAACAAAUUCGAUCGUGAUUUCUUGUAUGGGCAGAUUUUAUUACUUGUUUGCCCCUUGAGAUACCACGAACAUUGCAGUUGUCUCAUCAAUCCCUACAUUGUAAGCGCAUGCAAGGAUGGCGAGUCUGUGAAUAAGGUCUAUUGGGCGCAUAAUUUUGGGAUAAAUACAAAUCUUCCCUCUUGACUUAGAAGGGUUGAAAACUUUUGGUGUGCGAGGCUCAACCAGGAGAUUAUGAGGUAUUCAGGGUCAAAUACACAUGUAAUAAUCACCGUAUUAACAUGAAGAUUUUCUCAUUUUGUCGCAGAAAAAAUUAUCUUUCGCGUUAUUAAAUAGUGCCACAACAUUUUUGAUAUUUUUGCUUUUUGAUGCUUAGUACUCCAUACUGGUUACAAAACUACACUUCUGUAGUUUAUAGCAUGUAUAUUAGGAUUUUGUCCACAGUAUACUGUCUAAUAUUGACUUUCAAAAUGAGAAGGUUCGCAAAGGCUGAAGAAGAUGAAAAAGUACGUAACAAACUGUAAACGCGAGAAAUAACGUCUUCGUACGGGUCAUGGAAAACCUGGAAAGUCAUGGAAUUUAAGAAUUUUAUUUUCCACGACCUGGAAAGUCAUGGAAUUUAAUCGAAGGUCCUUGGAAUUUUAAGUUUUGUUUGGUAGAUUAGUUACUGCCGAUGACAAAGUAAGGACAGAUAGAGAGAAAUGAUUUAACAGCGCGAACGGCAUUUAGGUGGACACCAGAGUUGGUGUCUGUUGAACUUUUUAAGGUCAAAAAUACCCUGAAACACAAAAGCUUCAAAAAUUUGUAAAAGUGACAGCUAAACCUAAGGUCAUGGAUAAAGUCAUGGAAAGUCCUGGAAUUUGAAGAGCUUAACGUAGUACGAACCCUGAAUAAGUUUUAACCUGUAAGACACGUAAAAUAUAUCAGUAGGUUCUUUUUCAAACUCGUUUUUAUUUCUCGGUUCCCCAUACUGGUUACAAACCUACUUAUUGUUCGGGGUUUACGGCAUUAUGUAGACUCGUGCUUGGCGCUAACAUGACGGUUUAAUCAAACGCACUGAGCCUUUCACGUGAGACUUGAAGUCGCUCCACUGGAAUACGUUCCCCACCCCUCUCAGACAGGACUUGGUCAUGUGGUUGAUCUCUUGCUCGUCAAUCACGUGAUUCCAGAUGUUGACACCCGUCAAUUCACCAAUGAAGCACUGAUUGGCGUCAAAGGAUCCUCCAAGUGAAUCUUGUUCUUGACCAAGUAUAAGCACCCCACCACCACGAAUCACAUAACCUGGAAAUUGAAGAAUUAGAAAGCAACUUGGUUAACGCGUUUGUUUCUGUUUAACUGACCACCUACCCCUCUCCUAAGUCAUAAUUUUGGCCUAAGUGAGAAGUAAGUGUUGGUUGUGACUCAGGGGAUGGGUAGGUGGUCACACUAGCGCCCGAAUGACGUCAGAGUGACUGAUUUGCAAGUUUUGUCAUUUUUCUCAUUUUAAUGAGAAAAGACAGACAAACAUGACAUUUUAAUGAAAAAAGUCAUACAAAAGUGAGGAAUUCGCUAAUGUUGAUUUCAGUUUUUUUGUCUGAGUUUCGGGUCUAUGAAUAGUAACUGUGCGCAGCGCUAUUGAUCGCACGUGUUUCUUUGCUCCGCAAUUCAUUGGCUCUAUUCUAUUUUUUGAGCGAAAACAAACAAAUUUUACACGCCAUCCAUGUCAUGAGGCGCUUUUGUCAUCAUACUGUUAAGUUUUCAAGUUAUUUUACAUGUACGUUACCCUGGCUUUAGAGAGUUGGUGUUAGUCAUAGUAUUCACACUUCUCCGUGAAAUCCACCGCUAUAGUCGCAGAAGGAAAAAAAAUACCUGUCUUAAAGCCUUUUCCAGAAGCUGCCACCUUUCCAUCCUUAUACAUCUUCCAUGAUCCAGCGCUGUUCUCCCAUGUUAAGCAGAUGUGGUGCCAUUGGCCAUCGUUUGCCAACACAGCUGUUUGUCUAAUGAAAUAUUAAAUCAUUGAAAUGAAUUUCACUAUUGUCGUCUCUUUUUACAUUCUUUAUUAAAGAUGGAGAGCAAAAUCGGUUUCCUUGACUUAUUUUCUGCACUUGGCAUUUUUAUCUGGCAGAGGAGCUUGCUAAAAUAUACGUUAAAGGUCCACAAUAUGCUAUAAUAAGUUUUACACUGCCGUAGCCUGUUUGUUGACUACCAAUCUAGCCUAUCAUAAGACAGUGGUACCUGUGGCUACUUCCGAUCGCCAAAUAAAACUGUCUAUAAUUGUGGAGGAGCAGUUCAUUGCCCUUUUUUGAUCCUGAGGCUGCGUAGCUCAGCACUGUUCCUUCAUUCCCCUUAUCCGAAGAUUUCAUCCAGAAACAAACUGUGACUGCCUUGAGGCUUGGCAUGCCGCGUUUGAUGACAUAGUCACUUGUCCCUUUGCGGGUAAAUUGCAGAGCGUAGUCGGCGUUUUCUGUUGAAAGAGCAAUUCAGUGAAAAGAACGAGCUUAAACGUAUUGAGAAAACAGCCAAAAGUUUUCUUCACUAAAUGACAAUUACAUGCACUACCCAGGCUGACCAAAAAAGAAAUUCGAGAAUAGAAAAUUCUUAUCGUAAGUGUUUAAACAACGCGGAAGUUAUUGCUGACUGAGUUUAUACCGUUAAUUCGUCUACAGACUCCAAAAAUUUGUACCUUGACUUUCCAGAACUGACAACCUCUGGGAGAUCGCCUGAAUCCGAGAAGAGAGCUCUGCGUUCGAUUUCUUAACUGACUCCAAGCUGCUUUUUGUCUUAGCCAGCGCAAUCUUAUCAGCUCCAUCAUUGGAUACAACAACUUCGUUAUAAUCUCCAGAAAUAAUCACUUUCCCAUCCGAGGCUGUUGUGUUGACUCGGGCAGACCAAGCAAUUUCAGGUACAGUCACGAAACACAGAUAAAACAAAAUCAAAUUUGGAUCGAACAUGUCGGCGAAGUGAACUGCUUUACUUUGGCGUGAUACCCUAAACUUCCUAAAGUAACGACCCCCCGGAAGUAGUGGCCCUUCGAAAGUAGCGAUAAAAUUUCACAGGUGUUAGCAAAUUCCAAAAGUAGCGACCCUCUGAAAGUAGCGACUUCGAAAGUGAUUUCUCUUCUUGCUGGAAAUAACGGAAAUUAUAGAUAUAUUUUUUUUAAGGGUUAUAAUGAUCUUUGACAUUCCUUUAUGGAACUCAAAAAGUCUUCCUUUCGUCUGUGAAUACCCACAAGAUAAUCAAACAAUUAUUUGAAUAUUCAUUUAAAAAGCAAUAUCAUAAGAUGAGUUUCUCCAAAUAAAAAUUGUGGAUGUUUUCACAAUUGUCGCGACAUUAUUUUCGUAACUUCCCACGGCCCAUGAACGAUACACGUUUUAGCUACCCGAAAGUAGCGACCGUCUGAAUGUAGCGACCCUCCGAAAGUAGCGAUAGGGAAAGGCUGCUAAAUCCGAAAGCAACGAGGGUCGUUAAUUACUUUCGGAACUUUACGGUAAAGACCUUUGUGUAUAAAUUAACACAGGAAGUCUUUUUUCUUGAUCGUCGACAUAAACAAUUUGAACUAGACCGUGUUUAAAUAUUUGUAUUUCAAAACUUGAAACAAUUGUGAAAUCUCUUUAAAGAGCUCAUAUUUUGUAAUCUACUUAAAUGUCAUUAUUGCAUAUAGACUCUUUGAACAAGACUAAGAGCGAAUUACAAACGGCGAGCCUGGUAAACUCAGACGUAUGUUUUGAGUAUUGUAGUCUAUUUAUUUUAAAUAUACACAUUCGCAAACACGUCGUUUUACCGUAUAUGCAACAGUUUAGAAGGAUUUAUUGGCUAUCAACACAUAUUUUGCUGCAGUUUAACAAGAAACGAUUGCCAAAAAAUAUGAACAACAAUAUAGAAUAUGUUGAUGUACAGUUAACCUUCUGUCCGCUGUCAAAUAUUAAUUUGACAUUAAAAUGUUCAUGGAAGCGAAUUCAAAUUAAACACAGACUGAGCUAACCAAGCGUAUGACACAACAUUACAGACAUCAGUUAGGGGCACCGAACAGCUUUUUCAGUAAAAUUACCUUUAGAAGGAGCAAAUUAUAUUGCCCAGAAAUUUCAAAAGUUCGAAAAGGGCUUAAAACUUUCCGGUUAACCGUUGCUUUCGUCUAAGAUAUUCGGAGUUUUUCUACACUCUUUUUUUUAUAUAAGAAUGUUGUUUUUCCGGCCCAGGCUGAAUAUUCUUAUUUUUCUGCCGAUUUUAGGCUGAAAAUAUUCUUGUAUUAUUCUUAAAUUAUAGCUUAUGACAUUUUCCUUUUAGAAUGUAUUGGGGUAUCAAGUAUAGUUAGUGCAGGUUUUUGCGCCUUGUUGGCAAGUUUUGCCGUUCAGAGGAUGGAAUAAGUUGAAAACAUAAUUCCCAAAUUUCUUGUUCAAAAACCGUAUUUGUCAUACGAAGUUCUUUGGUUGCCCAUUGUUUCAAGAAGGGCCCCAGUAGGUUGUUAGGGAUCCUUUAUUUGGUUUAUUCCGAGCGAAAAGGGGAGCAAGAUUCAAGACCCCGAAACGCAAAAAAGCCACAGGAUUUUUGAAAAAAUCGACAUCCGGUUGAAGCAGCCCGGCGUAAUUCAAAUGACCACGAACAAAAUUUCAAUCUGACUCAGACAUAGUGUAAUGAAACACAAGCAUUCGAUUGAAAUCUUUUUUGUUGUGAGCUCGAUUUUGCUCCAUUUAUCUUUUCUCAAGACUGAACCUAAUUGAUUAAACUCAAUCAUAGGCCCGAUUACGUCGGAGAAAAGAAUGGUACAUGCACUGAAUACAAAACCAUCAAUUUCAAGGGGGAAUUUAAAUUAGAACGGGAAGUUUUCUUGGCCGCGUUUGUUCCCCGUUUCGGGAGACAGUUGAAUGAUCACACCAUAGGAUUUCGUCUACAUACUCAAAAGUUAGAGUUAAAUUCUAAAUGAAUAGUACCAUGUGAAAGUACUGCUGAAGAGGUUUCAUUUGAAUGGUAACACCAUAGGAUUUCUUCUACAGACUCGGCAAAAGUUAGAGUUAAAUUCUAAAUAAAUAUAACCAUGUGAAAGUGCUACUGAAGAGGUAGUAGCAUACGAUAUCAUCCCCAGUAAACUGUACUAUUGACUUUGAAAAUGAAAAGGUUAACACAACGGCUAAUUCAUAUUAAAAAAUAACAUUCUUAAGUACAUACAGUGUAGACAGAUUGCGAAAACGUGGAAUAAGUUGUAAGAUUUAAGACACAUAAAAACAUAAGGAAGUUUUUUUUUCUUUUUUAAUGCUUGAUGCUACAUACUAAGAGCCUCAAGUAUGGUCUUGUCCAUAGUGGUUUCAAAACUACUUUUUCCGGAGUUUAAAGCAUGUAGACUCAUGCUUGACGCUAACAUGACGGUUUAAUCGAACGCACUGAGCCUUUCACGUGAGAUUUGAAGUCACUCCACUGGAAUACGUUCCCCACCCCUCUCAGACAGGACUUGGUCAUGUAGUUGAUCUGUUGCUCAUUGAUCACGUCAUUCCAGAUGUUGACACCCGUCAAUUCACCAAUGAAGCACUGAUUGGCGUCAAAGGAUCCUCCCAGUGAAUCUUGUUCUUGACCAAGUAUAAGCAACCCACCACCACGAAUCACAUGACCUGGAAAUUGAAGAAUUAGAAAUCAACUUCUUUAAUACUUUUCUGUACUUCGUAAUUCAUUGACAGUAUUCAAUAUUUUUCUCUUUUGUGAGCAAAAAAAAAAAAAAAAAAAAAAAAUUCCACGUCCUGAGGCACUUCUAUCAUCAUUGCUGUUGAGUUUUCUAGUUAUUUUACCAAAAUUUUGUCAAAGUAUUUACACUUCUUCGUCAAGAGCGCACCUAGUCGCAGGGGAGAAAAAUACCUGUAUUCAUGCCUUUUCCAGAAGCUGCCACCUUUCCAUCUUUAUACAUCUUCCAUGAUCCAGCGCUGUUUUCCCAUGUUACGCAGAUGUGGUGCCAUUGGCCAUCGUUUGCCAAUACAGCUGUUUGUCUAAAUGUAAUGAAAUGAUUACAAUAGAUUUCAUUAUUUUGUCUCUUUUCUUUUUUACAUUCUUGUUUAAAGUUGAAGAGCAAAAUUGGUUUUCAUAACACUCAUGUAUCUUUUGCACUUAGCAUUUCAUCCGACACUGCUGUUUGAACAACCGGAGCCUACAUAUUUUCUUAAAGGUCCACGAUAAGCGAAAUUUCUACAACACUGAGUUUGUUUGUUAACUACAACCUAGCCUAUGAUAGGACAUUGGUACCUGCCGUUUUUUCCUACUCCAAAAUCAAACUUUUUGUAGUUGUACAGGAGCAGUUCAUUGUAUGAUCCGGACACUGCGUAGCUUAACGGUACUCCAUCGUUCCCCUUAUCCGAAGAUUUCAUCCAAAGACAAACUGUGACUGCCUUGAGGCUUGGCAUGCCGCGUUUGACAACAUAGUCACUUGUUCCUUUGCGGGUAAAUUGUAAAGCGUAGUUGUUCGUAGCUAAAAGAACAAUUGAAAUGAACAAGCUUGAGACUUAUUGACAAAAAAUGAAAAAGCGCUCUUCAAUGAAAGCGUUUUACAAUUGUAAAUACGAAAGUCAUUAAUUAUUUUCUAAUUGUUAUGUUCUCGGACUGCUACCAAUAGUACAACUGCACACAAGAUGGCGGAUCAACUCUAAUUAUACUGUAAACAUUAAUUAUACUGUUCAGGUUCUAAACUGAAUGAUAAAUUCACAAAAAGGAAAUUCGACCGGAAAAAAAAUCUUAUCGUAAAAUUCGUUUGAGCAAACACUAUUACGCGGAAGCUAUUGCUGACUCCAAAAAUUUGCACCUUGACUUUCCAGAGCCGACAAUCUCUGAGAGAUGUCCUGAACCUGAGAGAAGAGCUCUGCGUUCGAUUUCUUAACUGACUCCAACUGCUUUUUAUCUUAGCGAGCGAAAUCCUACUAUCUCGAUCAGUGGAUACAACGACUUCGUUAUGAUUCCCAGAAAUGAUCACCUUCCCACCCGAGGCUGUUGUGUUGACUUGGGCAGACCAAGCAAUUUGAGGUACGGCCACCAAACACAGAUAAAACGAAAUCAAAUUUGGAUCGAACAUGUCGAGGAAGAAAACUGCUUUGUGUAAUACUAAGAACUUUUGCGUGAUACAGACCUUUGCUAAUUUCAAAGUACAUAUGUGCAGUGUAUAAAUUAACAGAGCAAGUCUUUUUUUCUUGAUCGUCAACGUGUACAAUUUGAACUAGACCGUGUGUAAAUAGUUGUGUUUCAAAAGUUGAAGAAAAUUAUGAAACCUCUUUUAAGAGCUCAUGUUGUAUAUCACUAUCGAAAUGUCAUUAUUGCAUAGAUUUUGAAGAAGACUAGCAAGAGCAAAUAACAAACGAUAAGACUGGUAUAUUCAGAUGUAUGUCUUGAGUAUCGAAGUCUAUUUAUUUUCAAUAUAGGCACAUUCUCAAACACGUCGUUUUACUGUAUAUGCAACAUUUUGAAAGGAUUUAUUGGCUAUCAACACAUAUUUCACUGUUAGUUAAAACUGGCGAUUGCCGGAAAUAUGAACAACAAUAUAGAAUAUGUUGAUGUACGUUUAACCUUCUGUCAGCUGUCAAAUGUUCAUGGAAGCGAAUUCAAAUUAAACACAGAGCUAACCAAGCGUAAUACACAACAUCACAGACAUCAGUCAGGGGUACCGAACGACUUUUUUCGGUAAAAUUACCGUUCGAAGGAGAAAAUUAUAAUGCCUAGAAAUUUCUAAAGUUAGAAAAGGGCCCAAACAUUUCUGGUUAACCGUUCCUUCCGUCUAAGAUAUUCGGAGUUUUUCUAAAGACAUCCGAACAGAUACAAUCACUGGCAACAAUGUUGAUAAUCGUACACUGAUCAUCAGGAGAUUCUCUAACGAACGUUCACAAGCGUUCAGAGAGCAUUUUUGAUAACUAGCAAAGGUGCUUGAUCCGGUGUUUUAAAACAUAUAAGAAGACAUUCCCAAAUUUCUUGUUCAAAAACCGUAUUUGUCAUACAAGGUUCUUCGGUCGCCCAUUGUUUCAAGAAGUGCCCAAGUAGGUUGUUGGGGAGCCUUAAUUUGGCUUAUUCCGGGCGAAAAGGGGAGAAAGAUUCAAGACCCCGGAAACGCAAACAAGCCACAAGACUUGAAAAAAAAAUCGACAUCCGGUUGAAGCAGCCCGGCUUAAUCGAAAUGAACCGGCAAGAACAAUCAAAAUUUCAGUCUGACAACUAACAUUACGUAAUGGAACACAAGCAUUCGAGUGAAGUCUGUUUUGUUGUGAAUCGAUUUUACUUCAUUUAUUCUUUCUCAAGGCUGGACCUAAUUGAUUAAACUCAAAUCACAGGCUCGAUUACGUCGGAGAAAGGAAUGGUACAUUCAGUGAAUGCAAAAACAUCAAUUUCAAGGGGAGUUUGAUUAAGAACGGGAAGUUUUCCUUGGCCGCGUUUGUCCCCCGUUUCGGGAGACAAUUGAAUUAUCACACCAUAGGAUUUCGUCUGCAGACUUAAAAGUUAGAGUUAAAUUGUAAAUAAAAUAGUACCAUGUGAAAGUACAGCUGAAGAGGUAGUACCAUAGGAUAUCAUCCCCAGUAAACUGUACUAUUGACUUUGAAAAUGAAAAGGUUAACACAAUGGCUAAUUUAUAUAAAAAAGAAAAUAAGUCUCAAGUACAUACAGUGUAGACAGAUUGUGGAAGCGUGGAAUAAGUUGUAAGAUUUAGGACACGUAAAAACAUCAGAAAAAUUUUUUUCUUUUUUAAUGCUUGAUACUCCAUACUAAGAGCCAUAAUUAUGGCUCUUGUCCAUACUGGUUACAAAACUACUUUUUCCGGAGUUUAAAGCAUGUAGACUCGUGCUUGAGGUUAACAUGACCGUUUAAUCGAACGCACUGAGCCUUUCACGUGAAACUUGAAGUCACUCCACUGGAAUACGUUCCCCACCCCUCUCAGACAGGACUUGGACAUGUGGUUGAUCUCUUGCUCAUUGAUCACGUGAUUCCAGAUGUUGACACCUGUCAAUUCACCAAUGAAGCACUGAUUGGCGUCAAAGGAUCCUCCCAGUGAAUCUUGUUCUUGACCAAGUAUAAGCACCCCACCACCACGUAUCACAUGACCUGGAAAUUUAAAUAUUAGAAAGAAAUUUUUUAAUUUUUCUCCUUGCAGCUAACUUAGUUUUUUUAUUUAGUAUUACUAGAGCGAAAACAAACAGUAAUUUUACUUCCACACUAUAAGUUUUUUUCUGAGAGUCAGAACUGAUGUAGCUCAACGCUAUCCACUCUUAAUCGUGCAGUGCCACGUUAGUCACAGAGGGCAAGCAUACCUGUCUUAAAACCGUUUCCAGAAGCUGCCACCUUUCCAUCUUUAUACAUCUUCCAUGAUCCAGCGCUGUUCUCCCAUGUGGCGCAGAUUUGGUGCCAUUGCCCAUCGUUGGCGGAUACAGCUGUUUUUCUAAAGAAGUUGAAAAGUUGAUUUACCUCCGUCUUACACUUUUAUUAUUGUUAAUUGUCUUGUAGUCCGUAGUCGUUUAAUAGUACAUUCACUCUUAAAAACUACAUGUAAUUUUCGUAAAGCGUAUCUCUUAUAGGACCACCGUAAGGAUAUGUCGACACUAACCUAGUUACGGACGCCUGAUGCAUUUAUGGCUUCCUGUGAGAAUGAUGUUUAUCGGUUUAAAGUCGUGUUUAGGGAUAUUUGUACCUUUCUCCGUUUCCUAACCAAAACAUGAACUUUCUGUAGUCCAUAAAGACCAAUUCAUUGUCGUGUUUUGAUUCUGAGACUGCGUAGCUCAACGGUGUUCCUCCAUUUCCUUUAUCUGAAGACUUCAUCCAAAGGCAAACUGUGACGGCCUUUAGGCUUGGCAUGCCGAGUGUCGUGACAUAGUCACUGGUGCUUUUGCGGGUGAAAUGCAAAGCGUAGUUGUUUGCUGCAAAAAGAACAAAUAAAUUAUUCCAGCUUGUUGAAGGAUGACGCGAGACUUAUUGACAAGAAAGCCAAUAAAGCGGUCUUACAUGGUCUUCACUGAAGAGCAUAAAGGGUUUAUAAAUGCGGACAAGGGUUUACUCUUAAUAUUGUAAUUUAAAAGCUUGGGAUCUAAAAUUAAUGAUAAUUUCACUGCUAGAGCUAACUAAAAAAAUGGGGAAAAAAUCACCCUAUUGUAAAACCUGUUUAAUCAAAACAAUAUACAUUGCCCGCUCGAUGGUCGUUUUUGUUUCCAGACUCGAAAGAUUCGUACUUUGACUUUCCUGAGCCGACAACCUCUGAGAGAUGUUCUGAACCCGAGAGAAGAGCUCUUCGUUCGAUUUCUUAACUGACUUCAAACUGCUUUUUAUCUUAGCGAGUGCAAUCUUAUUAUCUCUAUCUGUAGAUACAACAACUUCGUUAUGAUUGCCAGAAAUAAUCACUUUCCCAUCCGAAGCUGUUGCGUUGACUCGGGCAGACCAAGCAAUUUGAGGAACAGCCACGAAACACAGAUAAAACCAUAUGAAAUUCGGAUCGAACAUGUUGACGAAUAUUGUGUCCUCUAUUAGACUAACAACUUUUCGGUUGUGUCAGACAUUUGGUCCCAAAUCGAAUUUGUGUAAAUUAACAAAACAAGUCGUUUUUUCUUGAUAGUUAAUGCAUACAAAUACUGUUUGAUUACGUAUGCAGUUACUAAACCAUGUUCAAAUAUUUACGUCAAACGUUUAGAAAAGAAAAUAAUGAGCUUGUGAACCGAUAUAAAGAUAUUGUUAUUAUUAUUGUAUAAAAUGUAAAAACAAAAGCCUGACUGUUAAAACGAAAGGUAAUGGGGAAAAGGAAAAUUCAGAAAGCGACGCAUUCGCAUAGUCCAUUCUCAAUAUAAAUUCAUAAACAAGUCCUUUUUACAGGAAGUUUAAUAAGCAAUAUUAUCAUUUUGAUACAUAGUAGUACGACUCAAGUUAUCAAAUUGCUAAUCAGAUCAAACAAAUGUUACACGAAGAAAAAGAAAAGUCUAAUUCAUGAUAAUUUCCUAAAUCAAGUUUUUUUUCUACACCCUCGACAUUUUUAUACAAUUUGAAACCAUUAUGUUUAAAUGUUUCUUUUACAAAAUAAUUAAACUUGCUGAGAGAAUUAGGAAACCUAUUUUCGAUGAAGAGUCCUUACAAACAUUAUGUUACUAUUGUAUAAACUGUGAAGAAGCCUGAGAACAAGUAAGACAUCAUAAGACUAGUAAAUUCUGAAAGCAACAUACGUCUUGCGAUGAAUCGAAUACGGUGAAUUCUUUCCAAAGCAUAUACUGACGAUUCAGGAAACUGUCGCUUAAUUUAUCAUGUAUAUAAUCUACGUGUACUCUUUAUACUUUGAGAAAUUAAAGUACGAGUCAUAAAAAGUCUUUAGUCUUGUACUUGGGGUUAUUCCUUAACUAAAUUCGUAACAAAUCACUGCCCGGGUGAGUGAAUCAGAAUGUAACCCGGCGCCAAAAUUAGAUAUUAAUCUUGUUAACCAUCCAAAACAAAAUCCUUCUGAUCACUAAAAUUCUCUUCGAGAGGAAAUAACACAAAUAAGAUAAGACCACAGUCAAUUCAGUCUAUUCUCCGAAAGAGAAAUAGAAAUAUCAAUACGGAACAAAAUGUGGGAGAUUAUAACGAAUAAAGUGCGGUGAAUACGUCUUGCCUACGUUUAGUCUUCAGUGUUUCAGCUGUCAAAUAUUCAUGGGUGCGAAUUCAAAUUCAACACACGCAGUGCUAGUCAGACGUAACUACAGUGACAACAAUGUCAGUAAUCAUGAAUGUGACAUUAGGAAAUUCACAAGGUUUUGAGAUGUAUAUUAGUGACCGGCAAAGGUACCCAAUCAAGGCGGCGGAAUCCUUUUUUUUUUCAACCCUUGAUAAGAUUUCCCUAAAGCCCUAUCUAUCAGUUUAUCCCGCAUGCAACAAUCACAUAUUAUUUUAUACGAAUAGACUAGAAACGUAUGCGUAAUAACUGUAUGGGGUUGUCCGGAAAUCUUAGCCAACCCUUUAAUUUCCACUUCCGUCAUGUUUGUAGGUUCCUCAGUACCUUUUACACGCUGGCUUUACGCGGAUUGCUUGCACUCAGCCUCGGCGGAUUGCUUGCAUCUCAUUGGCCAAAAGAGUAGGAUAUGAAACACUGAAUGAGUAUGGAUCACAAGUAGGAUAUCAGGUAAGGGAAAAUGAACUGAAGCUUGCAUUGGCAUGUAGUAUUUGCAUCUUGUAGUAUGAUUCAGGCUAUGACAAACACCGGUUCGCUUUUCCUGUCGACAUCAUAAGAUAUUUGGUACAGUCAUGAACAGCAACGGCACAGAAGUAGAAGAAGUCAUUGAUUUUACAUCUUACUUGAUCGGUUUGGUCCAAUCCUCACUUCUGAAUAUUUUAAUAUUUAAAAGUCUCAGCGGGUUUCAGUCCUCGCUUCUACUCGUUGACUUCCGCUACGAUCUGGAAACCUGUUCACACCGCGACGAAGAGUGGCCUUCUAAGUGGGUUUCAGUUCUCUCUUGUACUCAUUGACUUCCGCUACGAUCCGGUGAAAACCCGUUCACACUGCGACGAAUAGUGGCCGUCUCAGUGGGUUCCAGUCCUCGCUUCUACUCAUUGACUUCCGCUACGAUCCGCUGGAAACCUGGUCGCACUGCGACAAAGAGUGGCAGAAACCUAUCUGAUAUGUGACGAUCCACUUUCAAGGGCUUUGCUUAGAAAUCGCUCCGAAAUUAGCGUCCGUAUGUGAGAGCAGAAGCCCUAUCCAGUAGGAUUUUCGUGUCGGCGCAAGAGCUAUCCGGCCGGUAUAAUUUGAACCUAGCCUCAGUUUUUUCAGUCAUUUCGAUUUUGAUAACUGAUUUAUUACCAUUAGUUUUUAUUCGAGUAUUUUAGUGAGUAUGGCUAGUUUUUUUUCCGAUUUUGUAUUAUUUUGUUCUAUGUUGUACAUAUUCGUAUUUUUUUUAAACAUAUAUGUAUAAUUUUUAAAGCGUAUUUUUUAGUGCCUAUUUUCUCAUACUAUGACCCCCCUUGUAAGUAUGAUGUUUUUAAUUCCGAAUUAUUAAUCGUAGCAAAUUCAGCAGGUCCGACUUGCUUCUAUAUUCACUUUUUUAUAGUUUUGUUUUUACCAUUGUGAAUUUCUGAUACCGCGAUGGACUGUGUAUUUUUGGCGCGUUUGAUUUCAGUCAGUCAUCGUUUAAAUGUAUAAAAGUGACCUUGUAAUUACACUUUUCAUCGUAUUGAUUUCUUUCUAAAAAAAGUUUUUUUCCGAUGACAGAUUCGAUUUGAAGCUAGCAAAACCCGUGCCACAAGGAUUUUGUUCCUGACAGAAGGUAUAUGUAGAAAACAUGGUGUCCGUCUUAGUAGUAACACAUUUUUACCAUUUUAUAAAAUACUUGGUGCCUUUCGAAGCGUCAAAAGUUAAAGGCUUACGGUAUUAUUAUUGCUCCCAUAAUCACAAUAGUAAGAACAAUGUCUUCAUCCCUUCCAAUUAUCAGCAAGGUUACACAUAAUAAUCAUUCUUAUUGGUGUACCAGCGUCCGAGGUUACAGACCCAUAGUUUGUAAUCCAUGGGUUUAUACCAUAAAGACUGGGAAACCGGAAAUUUCGAUAAGGAAACCAAAUGGUGCUUGUUAUUCCGUUUUGGAAGUUGCCAAAAUGUAGCUGCCUUUUUAGACGAUGCAAUCUUUUUUCUGGUGCUAGUCUCAAACUGAUUUGGAAACAUUUUGUAUAACUGGUGGGUCGUUCUCCCACAAGAUCAAAUUUAAUUGCUUCAACCUUUUUACAGGAGAUUUUUAACUAGCUAGUUCUGUAAAAAAAAAAAAUAUUCCAUCUAUUAUACCGGGCCUUAUUAUAUUCACUACUUUAUCCACCGAUUUACAAUCACUUCCCACAGCUGUAACUUGAGAUGUUUCGUCACUAUUUUUUCUUCUUAAGCCAGAUUAUUUGAGCAUUGUAAUUGUCUUGUAUCUUCUUAGAGCUUGGUAAAUCGGAGGUCAGUCCGAUUACAUUAUGCAACACUUCUUCGUAAAUGCUACAGGUGUUCCUGUAAUCAUUCUGUAUAUUUUCUUGUUAAGUACUUUGGGAAAGUGCACCGCAUUUAUUUGCCCAAUCAAACCCAGUUAUGUAAAGAGCUCAUGCUUUUAUCACUAUCAAUGGAAGAUUUUUUUCCUCUUUUCCCCAUUGCCUUUUCACCUGUAGGUCUUCUGCUGCGUCAGUUAUCGUCCGACCCCACCCUGAGUCAGUACAGUGUUAUUGUGGUUGAUGAGGUACACGAGAGGCAUAUUCACGGAGAUUUUCUGCUGGGUGUGUUACGGGGCUUACUGCAGGCGCGUGCUGAUCUGAAGCUUGUUCUAAUGUCUGCUACUAUUAAUAUCAGGUACAGUGUUUGGUUACGCGAUGUACUUGGCGAAGUAAGGGGUGUGUUGAGGUGGUUCUCUUUGAAAUAGGUACAACUUUUAUUGAAUGUAAUUGACCACGUACCGUAAAUGCUCUAUUUGGUGCCCGGUUCGUUUAUUUCAAUGUCUUUGGUAAGCACUUAUUCCGGGAAGAGGGCCUUUAUACACCGUAUUCACAAAUGGCGGACACGCGGGAAAAAACUGGUGCCUAGUCAUGAAAGCGAGGCGUUGGAGGGUAAACAAAAAUUGCAAAUGAAGACUUUCAGUGAACUUGCAGAGUGUUUAACACGGAUUCCACCUAAAAUAACUUUGUAUGGACGUCUUUUUAAAUACAAUGACGUGGGACGUCUUCUGCUUCUAAUGUUUAGUACUGAUUUGCUUUUUGCAAUCAAAAGGGACGCGUAUAUCUUCAAGGAAACAGGAUGAUUUUGUAGGUUUCCGAAGUAUCAGAAGCUCGACAAGUGGGUGAUGGCUGGAGAAAAGCGGCAAACAUGUUGGCUCAAACUUCACGCUGAAACCGAAUACGAAAGCCAGCUCACUGCAAUUCUGUAAAACAGAAGUAAAAACAGAUAUUGGUGGCAAGAAAAAAGAAAUAAGCGACGGAUAUAUGGCCUAUUUGUCAACGGAAGAGACCUCCGCCAUUACUCAAAACAGGUCAAGUCGAGAGCGGGUGAAAGAUUCAUUCACGAGACUCAUUCAUUCAUGUCAGUGUCAUAUCUAUGUAUGUCUGUAUUUACAACUUCCUUUGGAUGACAUUAAUUCCGUCGCUUUGGAGUGAAUUGUUAGAGGUACGUUGGCAGAGCUUAGCAAAUUCAGUGCAAAUUUAAAAUCUUUUGAUUUAUUUGUCAUUGCGAAAUAAAAUAAUUUAAUCAAAACUAGAAGCUCUAGUGUGUGAAUCUUAUGGCUUGCUAUUUGCCUGGUCUCCUUUACGGCAUUAUCUCGGAGAGCUCUUGGUAAAAAAAGUGGUAUAAAGCUCACAUUUUACUAGGUUAAACUUUUAAGGCAAUGUUUGUGUCAGGAACACGGCAAGCUUCUGUUUCGAAUCAUUAAAUGCGAGUCUGGAUCCGUUUAAGAAGACCAUCAUUUUAUUUAUUUAUGUAUUCUUCCCUUUUAAAAUAUUAUGGAACAUGAAGUUAAAACUUUUAACAGCCAUAGAUAAGAAAUAGGAAAAUUACUCGCUGAAAUGAAAUGUGGCCGGCUUACCGAGUCUGCCGAGUAACAAGUUGAAAUUUUGAGCGUACUCCACUCGAUCGCUCCUGCAUUUAUGCCAAAAAGAUAGUUCUAAUUGAUGUCCUUCAUCGAUAAAGACCAGAGAAUGACGUCCUGGCAAAUAAACACCAAACAUAACUUCAUCGAAACCUCAGUCACCGCUUCUUUCCUGUCUUCCUUUUUUCCAUCUUGAUUUGAACUGUUUUGUUCAAUGGCACACGUUUCUUGCGUUAACAAGUAGGCCAUAUAUCCAUCGCUUAUUUCUUUUUUUCUUGCCACCAAGAUUUGCAUUGUUUAUAUUUCUGUUUUACCGAAUUGCAGUGAGCUGGCUUUCGAACUCGGUUUCAAUGUGAAGUUUGUCCAACAUGUUUGCCGCUUUUCUCCAGCCAUCGCCCACUUGUCGAGCUUCUGAUGCUUCGGAAACCUACAAAAUCAUCCUGUUUCCUUGAAGAUAUACGCGUCCCUUUUGAUUGCAAAUAGCAAAUCAAUACUAAACAUUAAAAGCAGAAGACAUCCCACCUAAUUGUAUUUAAAAAGAAGUCCGUACAAAGUUAUUUUAGGUGGAAUCCGUGCUAAACACUCUGCAAGUUCACUGUAAGUCUUCAUUUGCAAUUUUUGUUUACCCUCCAACGCCUCGCUUUCAUGACUAGGCACCAGUUUUUUCCCGUGUGUCCGCCAUUUGUGAAUACGGUGUAUUUCGUUCUCGAAAAAUUUUUUAAGUUAUCGUCAGCUUUGCAUAUGUAAUUUAGCGCAAACGUGUCUCAGUUCAGGGAAUUCCACGGGUAACUUGGCGCAGAAUGCGCUGCACUUUUACAGGGCUAGGAGGUAAAAAUGAUUCCUUUAGAAUGUUAAACAGUUCUUGCUAGUGCUUAUGCGGCCUAACUGACUUUGGCCUGGCAAUAUAUAGGGGAGGAGGGCAAACGUUCCUCCUGGGCCUUUCAUUAGUUUCACCCCAACAGUUAGCACUUCCCAUUAGUACAGAUGAAAGGUUGGUCAAGAAGACUGGCUCCAGGUCAGUGCAGACGGUUUUCGUCCAUUUUUUUUCGAUGCGCACUCCCCAUUAUCUUGGAGCCUGGAGCAAGCUAUGCGAAACAAAUUUGAAAAUAGCAAAAAUGCGUAUGACAUGAGAAACAAUCAACUUAUAGAGGUAGCAUUUGGAAAUCUUUUUGUUUUUGUCGUUGUUGUUGAUUUUACUGAUUUUAGUUAGACAAUGAAGUAACAUUUUUUCUGCUUCUGUCGUUAAUAGCUUGUUUGCGGGCUACUUCACUGGAGCCCCGGUGAUUCAGGUAAGUACUUCAUGUAUGAUGUCAUUAUUUGAAUCUUUACUCCCAUUCGCCACUUUAUAAAAGAGAAGGGAACUGGAACCGAAAUUCAUCCCGCAAUUGAUUGUGGGAUCGUUACUGGGGAUUUACCUGUCCCUAGUAACAGUCCCAGAAGUCUUAGCUCGGACCAGGUUCCAUCUUGUUUUUAAAGUGGCGAAGGACGAGCGUGAUGUAAAACUUAGAUGACUCUGAGGUAAAUCGCUAAUUUCUAUUAAAAUAUGUCUAAUGCAGAUCCCAGGCCGACUAUUUCCCAUUGAAGUGCGCUACCAACCUACAAAUGUUGAGGUAUUUGUGACUUCUAUUUCCUUGACUUAUUUCUUAGAUUGCUUUUCUCCAGCGCAAAUUGUGGCAUUAAUUUUCUUAUUGUUUUUCGCCGUAUUAAGCAAGUUUCCAGCAGUUCAAGUCGUUCGGAGAGACUGGAUCCCUCCCCUUACCUCAGAAUUAUGCAGCUUAUUGAUCACAAGGUUAGUUAUUGACCUCUUUAAUAAAAGUACAUUCGACUUAAGGAGACAAUGGUGUAAUUUCUGCCGUGCUUCAGUUUAAAUUUGUAGUAGUAAAAGCGUUUACACGUCAAUGUCUUCCGUGUUGCUCGUCACUUGUGGCGCGAGUCUUUACGAAUGAAAUUAUAUUCUUGUCAAAAACACAACAGAAAAAAAAAUAUUAAUUAUGAAAUCUUCUUCGAGCCGGAUUCGAACCAGCGACCUAAGGAUGACUUCAUGUACUCUACAAUCCUCCGCUCUACCAACUGAGCUAUCGAAGAAAUCGCGAGUGGCGGUGAGUAAGUUCAAGACAAAAAUCGUCCACCAUACUGAUAGGCUUUUGGUCUUUUUAAUUUUGGUUUUGUUGACUUAUUCCCAUAUCCGUCAAGAGAGCUACCUAGAAAAACUGUAAACUAAUCUGCACUUAAGAAGACUACAGUACUCUAUGCUCAAAUUCCCUUUUGGCAACCGAAAAUUAUAGAAUGGUCGCCAGACAUAAUAUUGUUUGCUAGGGUAAAAAUGAUCACAAUGGCCACCGAACUUUUGCACUCAAAUUUGGAGGGGCACGUGAUAUCCCCCGGAGGGGAGGGUACUCCCUAUUAUGGCCUAUAAGGGGAGGCGCUGCCCGAAAGGGGUAUCUUUUUCUGGGUUUAAGGCGUUAGACCUUGGAGCGGAGCCUCCCCGUAUAAAACUUUGUCGAGUUGAAUCCCCCCUCCCCACCGGGGGCGAUAUCACUAAAUGCUCGGGCAGCCAGGGUGAAAAGUGAAUGGUAAUGAAAUUGGAGCAUAACAUUUCGCGUAAAUCAAUUCACCCUAAUUUUUGGAAGACCAUAAACUAAUUAAAACACUGCAGCUUGGCAUAUUUCCGCCAAACGGAGGUCACCAAAUUGACGAUUCUCGCUGCAAUUUUAGGCUCCAUCCACACGAAUCCGGACAUUUUUGAAACCACAUAUUUUGUUAUAAGGAUUCGUGCUGACGUGGCUUUGCCAUUUUUUUUGUACUCUUCAUAAUGGCCGCAGCUUAAAGUGUUGGACUGGGAGCAAAAAAGCAAUUGUUUAAAACUAGUAGCAAUCUUAGAUUAGGAAGCGCGUUCGAGUUUUCUUAGUUGUGCUGUUAGUUUUCAUGAAUCCUUUAAACAACAUGGUAAAUGAAAUUUACCCGAAGAGCAAAAGAAACGGCCAAAAUCCUCGUAGCAAACGAAACUUUGCACAAACACUCUACUGAAACCCUUGUUUUAAGCAGGGGAGACCGAACAUCAGAGAAACUUGCUUGGCAAUCUCGUUCGUAGAGUCCGCGUCGGUUGACCUCGUGGUAAUAUGGACUUUAAGAUUCAACGACGCGACGAUAACGAGAACCUCUGAAGAACAAUAGGUUUAAUAAGCAAAACAACAACUUUUCACGUGCAUCACACUUUUUUGGACAUUUUUUUUACCGUUUCAGUUGCAUGACUACGACGUGAAAAUACCUAAUUUCGUGUUAUAUGGAGAAUGUAAACAAGCAACGACGAAAUUUUAUUUCGUUUUCUGAACUUGAAUAUGGCCCUUUGGAAUUCAAAUUCAGGAGGGUUCGCGUACAGUUGAAAAAAAUAAGUAAGUAGGGAUAAUCGCGAUAAAGACUGAAGGUCGGAACACACUAGGCAACAAGUUGCAGCAACAUGUCGCGGCGACACGUUGCAGCGACAAAUCGCUUCGUGUGUACUGGAGAAUUUUUGUGAAAAUCUUUGUCGCUGCAACAGAAUUUGUCGCCGCAACAAGUCGCACAGAUUCAGUCUGAUUUGAUUUUUUGCGACUUGUUGCAGCUACAAAAUUCUGUUGCGGAGACAAAGAUUUUCACAAAAAUUCUCCAGCACACACGAAGCGAUUUGUCGCUGCGACGUGUCGCCUCACCUUGUUGCUGCAACUAGUCGCCCGACCUGUGCACACGGAGUGAUCUGUCGCCGCGACGUGUUGUAGCAACUUGUCGCCUAGUGUGUACCGACCUUCUGAAAGAACGCAAAUUCACUUUUUAAGCGACGUUCUCUUUGCUGUCGCGUCAUUGGAUUUUAAAGUCCUUAAUGACUCUGUGCGAGCGUAUUACGUCGUUAAUUCAAGGUGACGACGAACACCGCUCAAAUAUUUGACCAAACAAAGCAAUGUGAAACGACUCCCUCAACGUGCCUGGUAACGGCGCAACGAAAUGGGUAACCGCGCCUGAAGACUAUGAUUACGUUUAUAACUCUGCUCAAUCUGACCUUAUUUUCGACCAUAGUUUAUUCUCAGAAAUCACACGCCGGAAUAUUCGUGCCGUAAACAGAGUUUACUAGGUGCAGAAUAUCCUUUCCCUCCCCUCCCCUGCCAUGUUACUCCCUCCUUCCUCUCCCUGUGAGAUUGGGUGAGUCGACAUCUUGUCAGUUAUUAUCUAUAUAUUUAUUGAUUCACUUGUUAAUUAAUUAAUUAAUUAUAGAAAUAUUGUUCAAAUGAGGCCGUAAACUGCUUUUCUACAAAAACAGAAUUAGAAUCCAAGCUUUCGCCGAUUUAUAUAAAUAUACAUAGGUGUAAGGUAAAAUGUGUAAAAGCCUAAAAAUGAUGCAGUUUAGGGUCUCAUCUCAACAAUAUUUUUAUUUUCAAUCAUGCUGCUAAAGGACAACAUAAAGAUAAUUAAUUAAUUAGUUAAUUAUCGUUAAUUAUGUAUUUAGUAUUUAUCAAUUCAUUUUGAACCAGGCAUCACACUUGGGAGUGAUUUCUUUUUCUUUAACAGUACCAUACACGUUCUUAGACCUUUAUUGUCUUUCUACCCGUAUAAGAAUAAGAGAACUGUACUAGACGAAGUAUACAGCUUUGUAAAUGAAGGUCAUGUACAGUGUAUGGACGGGGGUACACGGUUUUAAUAUUUGACCAGCCUCAAGCGCCGGGAAAACGGACGCAACAUUGUUGGUCAGCAACUCCCAACAUUGUUCGAUGUUACAGGUGCGUCUGUUUGCACACCCUGUUGAUUGUUGUUUCGUGUUGUUGGGAGUUGCUGCGCAAAGAUUGAAACUGGUCAAACGUUUAGCUACGGGCAGUCAAUGUUGGGACUUGUUGCGUCCGUUUCACCGAGCUUUAGACUUAAGCUUUCAUACAACGUUUCUUAUUGCUCCUGUUUUCGCAGUAUCCUUCCUCUGAGCGCGGGGAUGUUUUGAUGUUUCUAAGUGGUUUGUCGGAAAUUUCGGCUGUUGUUGACGCCGCAAGGGAAUAUGCACAGCGGACUCGCCGGUGGGUUGUACUGCCAUUGCAUAGUUCACUGUCAGUGGAGGAACAAGACAAGGUAAAAACCGGCUUUUCUUAUUGCUACAGAGCGUUGCCAACAGCUAUGCAAAUUUAUUGCGACAGAAGAAAGCUUUUACAUCAGAUAAGGACUGGUUUGGAGCACCACCACCAUGGCGGAUGUAGCCUGCGUAGCAAGCGUUUCCGUACGGUUUCGGAGCAAAAAACGAGGAACAAGAGUCAAAGACAGCGACGAGUUUCUCGGGCGGCCAAAACCGAAAGUCCUGUUCCUCUGUCUUUCUUUGCUUUGAAACCAAACGGAAACGCUUGCUACGCAUGCUAUGACGGAUGUGGCAUCAAGUGAAGAGACUCCAUUGGUAUUCCCCUGUUCCCCCUGUUCCCUCUUGUUCCUCCGUUUGCCCUUGUUCCCCGUUCCCGUUGUUCCCUGUUCCGCCUUGUUCCCCCUGUUCUCCUGUUUCCCCUUGUUCCCCUUGUUUCCCUGUUCUCUUUGUUCUCCUGUCACCCCAUAUUCCCUGUUUCCCCUUGUUCCCCUUGUUUCCCUGUUCCCCUUGUUCCCCUGUUCCUUUUGUUCUCCUGUCACCCCUUAUUCCCCUGUUUCCCCUGCUCCCCUUGUUCCCUUGUUUCCCUGUUCCUCUUUUCCCUUGUUCUCCUGUCACGUGUUCCCCUGUUCCUUUGCUCCUCUGUUCCCCUGUUCCCCUGUUCCCCUGUUGCCUUGUUCCCCUGUUCCCCUGUUUCCGCUUCUCCCUGUUCUCCAGUCUCGUGUUCCCCUGUUUCAUUGUUCCCUUUUCCCCUUGUUCCCCUGUUCCCUUGUUCACUUUGUUCUCCUGUUCCUCUUGUUCCCCUGUUCCCUUUGUUCCUGUUGUUCCCUUGUUUCCCUGGUCCUCUUUUGCCUUGUUCUCCCGUCUCCUGUUCCCCUGUUCCUUUGCUCCUCUGUUACCCUGUUUGCACGUCCCACGCGAUUUAGCCAUCCUCGCUUUUGAUAAAUAUUUCACUCAUCAUAUUUUCUUUUCUCUAGGUGUUUGAUGUUUCCCCGGAAGGAGUGCGCAAAUGCGUUGUGUCCACGAACAUCGCGGAAACUUCCAUCACUAUUGACGGCAUUAGAUUCAUUGUUGACUCUGGAAAGGUACAAAACAAGAACUUAACCCUAUAAUGUAAUGGUAUUGACUCAAUCGUAAACCAUUUUCACUGUUGUAACAACCAGUUACUGCCUUCGCGAAACCAAGUUAUGGAAAGCGAGAUUUUGAAAUGGCAGAGGGUCGUAAGACAGAAUCGUAAGACAGAGAACCGAAGGGGAGGUGGGAGGGUCAAAAACCGUAACCCGGCUAACAACAGCGUUACUUGGCAAAAGAUACUGACAUCAUGGAAUAGAUGGCUUAAAUAGUUUAAAGGACUUCCCCGAGACUCGACUCAAUUGUCCGCGAUGCGCGCGGGGUAGGGGGGUGGGGAGGGUAGGGCUAUGAGACUACCAGCAUUCCGCACAGGCAGAAUCCGUGGUUAUUCCAACAGUGAAUACAAACCAAAGAGGUUUACUGACGUUGAAACUAUUUCUUUAGAAAAUUUAGUUUUCACUAGAAUUUAAACUCUCUUUUGUUAUGCUUGGAUGCAACACCAUAUAUGCCAUUGUGUUAAUGACCUUUAUUUGGGUCAAGUCAUGCAGGUCAAUUGAGAGUUCGCGACAAUAGGUGCAGGUGAUUUUACGGUGAAUGCAUGAGAUAAAUCAGGCGACAUUCGAAAUGGGAAAGAGAUCUCCUUCCUGAAAUAAUACUUGCAAGGCAUCAUUUCUCCCCUGUGAAAAAUAUUUGUGGAAUGAGAGCGAAAUAACACUUCCCCCCUCCUCUCUCCCUCUCCCUCUCCUUCCCUAUUUUUUCUCGCUCUCUGACUUCUUGCCACUCUCCACUAUCUGAACGCCUUGAAAAGGCGGAUCAUUAUACGUUUCUGGGAAACUGCCCCCCUACCCCUCCCCUAAACCAACAUUUUGACCUAAGUGACAAGAAAGUGUUAAUGUUGGUUUAGGGGAGGGGUAGAUGGACAGUUUCGCUCUCUGAUUUCUUGCCACUCUCCACUAUCUGAACGCCUUGAACAGGCGGAUCAUUAUGCUUUUCUGGGACCUGCCCUCCUACCCCUCCCCUACACCAACAUUUUGCCCUAGUGAGAAGUAAGUGUUAAUGUUGGCUUAGGGGAGGGGUGGGUGGGCAGUUUCUCAGGGACGUAUUAUGAUCCGAACAGGCUAACCCCUCAUUGAAUUGUUCAUUACUGCAGGUAAAAGAGAUGAGUUAUGAUCCCGAGGCUAAAAUGCAGCGACUUCGUGAAUUCUGGAUCAGCCAAGCCAGUGCUGAGCAGCGUAAGGGCAGGGCAGGUGAGACAGUCGAGUUACAGAGAAAAGGGGUAGAACAUACACUCUUGAAAUGUUUUUUAAAAUGUUUGUGAUUUGGCGACUUUUAAUUCAAUAUUUUCCCUAUCUUUUCAAUGCUGUUUGAUGAUUUUUAAAGCCUGGUUCCUCUUUGGGAACUUUGAAAUAAACGAUUUAUUCAAUUCUCACAACAACCACUUAAUUCGGACUCUUGAAAUUCGUUUAAGUUACAUUUAGGUAUUGUGGCAUGUAAAAUGUGUAAAUUGUUCCAUCACUUUGAUUUCGUUUCUCUUCUUUUCAUUGAUCGACGUCCGUGUGGAAUUUAUUUCAUGACGCACUCAUUCACUUAUCAGUUUUUCCUAGUCACAAUACAAUGUUUAAUUAAUUCUUCCCCUUGGGAAUUUAGAAUUAAUCAAAAAUUCUUUAAAAGUUCUGUAAAGUAUUCUAAAAGUACCUGAAAAUUUACAUAAAAUCUAAAAUAACAUAAAAUUAAAAAUUCAUAAAAUUGAAAAAUACAUAAAAUCAAAUAAUACACGUAAUACUUAAUAGUACGUAAUACUUAAUAAUGACUAUAUCAACACAACUGGGACCUCCCUUUUUUUCUUGAACUCGCUAAGUGAUAUUGAAUUUCAAGUGUUUGAGCUAAGGGAGUUACAAGUCUUAAGUGCAUGAUAGAAAAAAAAAAACGUUGCGCUGUCUUGUUUAUACUUUGUUUGUGAUGUAUUUCAGGUCGUACGGGUCCGGGUGUGUGCUUUCGUUUGUAUUCAGAAAGUGACUACCACGCCUUUUCACAGUACACCACUCCUGAGAUCCAUCGGGUGCCCCUAGACUCCAUUAUCCUCCAAAUGGUGUCCCUCGGUAUCACCCAUAUUCGGGAGUUUCCAUUCAUAGAACCGCCUCCUGCCUCGAAUGUGGAAAAUUCAAUCCACUUUCUUAAACAGCAAGGCGCGCUGACAGACAGCGAGAACUUAACACCCAUUGGUCACAUGCUGGCCCAGUUGCCUGUUGAUGUCGUCGUAGGAAAAAUGCUGCUGAUUGGUUCGGUUUUUCACGUAAUUGAGCCCGUAAUGGUUAUUGCCGCAGCUCUUAGUGUCCAGUCUCCUUUCACUCGAAGGCUCGAUCAUGAUCCGGAUGUGACGUCACUGCGGCAGCCCUUAGAGUCUGAUCAUGGCGACCCCUUUACCCUGCUGAAUGCUUAUGACGAGUGGUUACAGGUGAGAUUUUUUUAACCAUACAACGUAAAGUACCCUCAGAUAGAGCCGUGGAAAAGCACAUAGAUAUCAUAUUUUUCUAUCAGUAAAACUGUUAUCGUCGCAAAAAAAUAGAGCAGCAAUUUUGAUGGUAACGAUUAGCCGGAAUAAACGGGAGAAGUUAUUUAUUCUGUAAGGCAUUUUUCGUUGAAAGCACGCAUAUACUUAUACAAUAUCGUAAAAAAAAUCUCCGCCUCUCUUUUGCUCAGCGACCAGUGUAAAUGUAUUUUAGAAACAAACGAAUGACUACAGAGUGUUUAUGGAAACUCCAGUCAUGAGCCGCACAAAAUAUGUAGCAUACAUACCGCAGUGGUAAGAACCUUUGUCCCUGAUAAUUAUGAUUUUUAACAUUGUGCUUAACUGGCAGUAGCUGAAACACUGUUCACUGACUUUCCAGAUAAAAAGCCGUGAAGGCUCGUCGAGAAAAUGGUGCAAACGGCGAGGUCUAGAAGAACAACGCUUCUAUGAAAUAUCGAAACUUAAGCGCCAGUUUGAGCAGUUACUCCGGGAUCAUCGUUUGAUCGAACGAAACGAGCGAGAUAAAGAAGAGUACGAGCUUGAUCGUGAGGAGGAUAAAUGGCGCAAGUUAAAGAAGCUAAAACGAGAACAUCGGAAGUCGUCGAGGAAAACAAAGAUGCUGAAACUCGACGAAGACGGUUGCAGUGAAAGUGAAGACAAUAGUGCGGCUGACAUUCGUGACCUUGAGUUCAAACUGACCCACGACCUUGACAAACUGCAGGCCGGGAGUGCAGCUAGACGUAGUUUUACGCUACGAGAAAUAAAUCUUCUUAAGAUCAUUCUCUGCAGUGGAUUGUACCCCAACCUUGCCGUUGCCGAUGAAGGCAAUUCAGGGAAGAGGGACUCCGAGCAGCUCUUUCACAGUCAAUCAAAGCAGUUUCUUCUUAUUCACCCCACCAGUGUGUUUGCUACCUGCCCGGACAUCUUGCUGCCCAUGGAAGCCCCGACAACUCAACCCACACCAUCCAAGCAACAGACCCAGUCCUCUAGCAACCAUCAGCUGCUAUCAUUUGUUUCUCUCUUAGAAACUAACAAGCCAUAUUUGGUUAAUGCCAUGCGCGUGCCAGCUCUCCAAACUCUUCUGCUUUUUGCGCAGAGCUUGGAUACCAACGCUGAUCUAACUCGCUUUGUUGUCGACUGCUGGAUUGAAAUCUCUCUUCCUGACAGCGCUUCGGGACACAAAGUACUUACCGCUGUUCAGCAGCUACGUGUAACGUGGGCGCUCCUGAUAAAGCUUCGUUUUGUUGUAAGUGAAGACACUGAAAGGGAAGAACGUAGUUCAGCAACUCGACGUAACAAAGAACGCGAUCUGGAGCAUGUUUUGGCGAAGAAGCUCUCCGAAUUUCUUAAUAGCGAUGUUCGUUACUCGCUUCGACGCCUUCUGCCAUCUGAAAGCCAGCAUUUGUACUUCGGUCCGAUUAGGCAAACGGAGGAGUACGUCGACUUUAAGGAAGAGUUCUCUUUCGCAGCUGCCUCAGAGCCACAUCCAGUCAAAGGAGGCUUUCGUGUGAAUGAUUAUCUAACCUACAACUGCCUUCAAGACACCCUUAUGGCCGAGGCUGCUUCAGCCGCUGCUCAAUAUAUUGCUAAACAUUGGCGCUGUGAGAAAUGCGGAAAGAAAAUGUUGGUAACUGUCUUGGAAAGAUUGCAGCAUCAAGAAGAAUGCCAGCAUGAUGAGCCCUCAGGCGACUCAGCGGUCAGUGACCCAGGGUCCACGCAGUCCCAGACGACAAACAAAGAAUCUGCAGCCGAGUCGUCUAUUGAACGUUUAAGGAACCCUUACUAUUGCAGCACGUGUCAGCAGCAAUUUUCUUUUACAAGUACUGAGAUUUUAAAGCAUAAAAGAUCUCAUGCCGCAGCCACUUAAACUUCUAUGGCGUUUAUUGUAGGCCGACCGUAAUAGUUCAUUUUGAAACGUGUCCAGCAGUACUAUUGCUGGCUGCCUAAUAUAAGCCUUUAUCGCUUCCGGGUAGUCAGACAUAUUGCCGUAGCUCAUUAUAGUAUAACCUUCUUGCCCAAGCGAAUAAGAAAGUAGACAACUGAGCAACUUUGGGGUUAAUCUAAGAACUUUUCUGAUCAUCUCCCUUUUUAGAUAAAUCUCCAUUAGGCCAGGUAUUUAACAUCUUAAGACAUCAGAAGAAGAAACUUUCGAUUAUUCAUGUAAUAACACUAACAGAAGUCGCUUAAAAAUUGAAACAACGUUUUGAACCCCCGUUAUAUUAGUCAUCAAAUCCUAUUACUAAACACAUUGGUGUCGUGUAGCUUAAACUUAAGAC